AUGUCUGCUGUGUCUACCGAGUUAUUGCCAGGGCCUGUAACCUACAACUUGGUCAAUUAUAGUCUGGACACCACAAGAGCCACCAUGAAUCGACAGGAGGAGAAAAUCUUUCAACGUGGCCAGAUAAUCGGCAUGAGAAGAGCAGGCAUGUCAACUGCUGCCAUUUCGACUGAGCUGGCCAUCACCAAGUCAACUGUGAGGCGUUGGUGCCAGAGAUGGGAAGAGACGGGAAAUGUAAUAGAUGAAGCAAGAUGUGGAAGACCCAGGAAGACCAGCCCUGCUGACAACAGAGCGAUCCUUGAAUCAGCAAAAAAGUCUCCAUUAAAAACUGCAGUUGCUAUACGCAAUGAGCAACAGCUGCAACUGUCGCCAGGAACAGUUCGGAAUAGACUCCACGAGGCCGGUAUUCAUCACAGGACGCCAGCAGUGAAGGGCAAGCUUACAGAUCAACAUCGAGCAGCAAGACUAGAGUUUGCUCAACAGCACAUCGAUGAUGGGCUCGAUUACUGA